GUGGAGCUACUGCGCCGUUCAGCUACUUGCCGACCAAUGUUGAAUGAAAAGAGGAGGAGGAGGAGGAAGAAGAAGAAGAACAGGCGCAGACGAGGACAACAACUUUUGGAAAAGAUGGAAGACACUCAACCUCGACAACUUCAUGUAACCAUCCAGAGAGGAAUGACCUUCCCUAUUCUGGAGAAAUGCAUGACCUGCUGCUUCCCAGGCCUGUAUCAUUGUCCCUUUUGCACACCGGCCUUCUUCAAGCCUGCGAAGCGCUCCAAAGUCAUGCUGCAUUUAGAGUAUCACCUGAAAAGAGCCUGUCAUGUUGGAGAGUACACAAUCCAUAAAUGUGGACUGGACUGCGCCAAACGACCACAUUACCAUUGUCUGUACUGCAUAGCCAUGCUGGGAAGCAAGCACGAUUUCAACAAACACAUCGAGUUCUGCCAAGAGAUGCAAAACAACCAAGACGACCCACAGGAUGGAGCUUCGUUAGUCAACAGAGCCAAAAUACUGACUGAUGGAGAGAAAGCUGUUCCCUCAUUUUUCAUGGAGACCCAUGAUAGCGAGAGUGAAGACAUGGCUCUGGAUUCUCUGAGCAGAGCGGAGCAGGAAGGGCGCAGCAGCUUGUCGGGCACGGCGAUCGGCGAAGAUGCUGCGGAGAAAGAGGGAACGUUUGAAAUCCAGUCUGUUCUCUACAACAUUGUCCAGCCUUUACUUUAAAGUUGAUUGGUUAUUAAUAAACCCUACAUUCUGUAUGAGUCUUAAUUUCUAGAUGAAUCAACACUGGAACUCACAAGAUUGGGCUAAUGUGGCCAAUUAAACAGUGCGAAGACAGAUGUUAUCUUUAAAAUAAAAUUCCUUUGCUGAAAAAGUGAAAAGUAUGUGGCAGUAACACUGCAAAUUUGACAUUUCUUUUUAUCGCCAUGGGGCAGUUCAUUUGAUCCAACGGGUUGGAUGGUAACCAGGAUGUAAAACUGCAAAGUCCUGGUCUACGUGUUUUGUAGCUCAGUGUGGUAUUCUGGGAGAGCCCUGCAGAGGAUAGUGAGGGGAGCUGAGGUCAUCAGAGUGUCCCUGCCCUCUGUCUAGAUCUAUUUCAAGGAAACCUCGUCAGACACUCCUCACAACCCAUCUACAAACUUUCUGAACCACUGCCAGGCAAAUGUUACAGCAACACCAGAAAAUAACAACUGUUUCUUCUAUGCUCUUACUUAUGCAAUAGAAUAAAAGUCCAAUGACAUAUUUUAUUCAUGUUGCUGGCAAAGGUCUACCAAUAUGAAAACUUAAUAUUAACUGUAACUGCCCCCAUUUACUGAGGAUGGAGGAUUUCAGAGGAUUUCAAACUAAAGCAGACAACAUGUUGAUGUAAUGCCAGGUGACUCUGUUUUGGUCUUAUUCCUGUAAAUGCUAAGAGGAUUGGUCACAAUUUAGAAACAAAUACGUGAGUAGCUGCGACAUCACUGGCUCAGGGCAGCUUACAUGUAUUACAAAUGAUCUGGGUGAGAAACAGACACCAAAAUAGGUUAGCGUAUGGUGCCUAUUUAUAUCCCUUAAACCUAUUCACAUUUCAUUACAACAACACACCCUGGCAAGACCUUUAGGGUGUAUUUCCAACAGGUUUGCACAUCUAGUGUCUGACAUUUCUGCCUGCUGCUCUUUCCAAAAUAGCUCCAGAUGAAUUAGACUGAAUGGGAGGCUAUUCCAAUAAACCGUACUGUUGCAGCUCUGACUGUAUGUUCAUGGUUGUUAUUCUGCUCAAAACUGAAUCUCCCUCAACUCAUUUGCAGCCUCUAACAAAUGUACUUCUAUUACUGUUCUGUAUUUAGCUACAUCCUUCUUCCCUGACCCUGCAGAAAAACCAAUAAACACACCAUGCCGAAGCCUUUACCAUGUUAUAUCAUGUGUUUAGAUUGUUCUUUUACUUUAAAACUUUGAGUGCUGUUUUGAAUGAUAGCUAGGGGAAAAGGGUUAUUAUUUUUAUUUUCUUUUAGGAGUUCAACAGUCUUGCCCCACUCUGCCAUAAAGCCCAGAUUCAUGGAAAACAUGACUAACAGUUUUUCCUCUGCAGACUCUCCCAACUGAGCUGUGGAUCCCUGCAGCUGCUUUCAUCGUUAUUAUUUAACCUUUUUCUGGGUAUUAGAAUAAAGCGGAUUACACUAAAAAUGACCAAAAAUGCUUAAGUUUCAAGUCCACGCUAUGAUUUGAUCUAUUCAGGUUAGAUGGGACAGGUUUGACCAGUUCAAACAACGUUGCUUUGCAAUCUCUUCGGUCAGACUAGCAGCAAUUGUUGGUCAGAUAGUGGGCUUUGUGGGAGGCUCAUUCACUAAAGUAUCUAAUCAGUAAAGCAACAGAACCUCUGGAAAAAAUAAAGUAUAAAUAGUUCUACAGUUUUGAGUAUUUUCUUGAGUUUUUCCUUCCUGUGUGUUUUCAAAGUAUCCCUUUUUUUUUUUUGCAAAAAUAAAACACCUGUUUCUACUGUAAUUGCAUGCCAAGAUGGUAAUUGAAAUUCUUCAUGUGUUUGGGUCAAGCUUCAGCACAAAUAGAUGAAGUGUUGACCCUGAGAGGAGGACAUCUGAAUGCUAAGAGACUUAGAGUGGGCUUUCACUGAUUACCCAAACAAAAACACCACAGAUUCCACUGAAUGUGCCCUUUCAUGCAUCUCCUGAGCAGGCACAUCUCUUUCACUGCUGACGUUGUGCUAGCACUCCGUGAAGAUCUCAUUGAACACCAAUGUGCAGCCUUCGUUUCAUACUGCACAAUUUUUUUUUUUUAAACCAAAAGUUAAUAUUCAUUUCACUUGCAUAAGAAGUUUUUCUUUUUUUUUAUUACAAAUGUUGUUCAGUGUAUUCCUAAAAAAAAAGAAAGAGGCUCCAUGCCAGUACCAGGUAGUUAAAAAAGAAACCCUUCAAUUACUGGUAUCUUAAAUGAAAGCAAAAACCAACUCAGGAGUUGUAAUGCCGAUCUAAAGUAGCGAGCAAAGGAAAGGCAGCUGCA